GGGAUUGUUCGGUCCUACCGUUGCUGCCAUGCAAAAGCGCUGUGAGGAGAAAAAGAGAGAAGGCGAAAGCUCAAGCUCUGCCUGCCCAGAAGAGCGCAGCCUCCUCCGGCAGCGGCUCGUCCGGCUUACCGCAUUCCAAAGCGAACACCCCAGUCUCAGUCAGCUGACCGCGACCGUGGAAAGCACAUCGAGCCUAAAGGAUCGUGGGAAAGGAAACCCUUCGUUCCGCCGGCUUCACCGGACAACCACACUGCCCCUCCCGUCACAACGAGCGCAAAGAAAAAGAGGCGCUAGGGAGCUGGCUUUGGGGUCGAGGAGCAGGCACUGCCAGACGCCUGCAACCUCACCCAGAAAUGUUCUGUUCCAGUUAAGGAAGCCUUGUUCAGGACUACUGAAAAGGCCUGCAGAGCCAGAGUUGGAGCUCACAGUUCAGAGCCGGUUGAAGAGGAGGAAGGUGACCCAGCUUGGCCCACUAGCGGGAAAAAGCCAGCUGUGGCGAGCGUGCGGGGCAUUGGACUGGGUAAUAAAGACUGUGUCCAGAGGAUACAGGCUCCAGUUUGCCGCAGCCCCACCCCGUUUCAGGGGCAUAGUACAAUCUCAUGCUCGGGGGGAACACGCACACAUCUUGCAGGAGGAGAUAAUUUCCCUGCAGAACAAAAACGCAAUCCGGCUGCUUUCCCAGGAGGAAAGCGGGGAGGGAUUUUACUCCAGGUACUUCCUCGUCCCGAAAAAGGACAGGGGCCUGCGACCUAUAUAGGAUCUGC